GCAUCCGGGGGCCACUUCACCUGUGUGAUGACUUCACUGUGAAGAACCUGCAGUUUGCUCUGCUGCUUUAGCUGGACGACAGGAAAAGGAUUUAAAAGCCUGCUGCAAGGAUGAUGUCCUACAUAAAGCAACCCCAUUACACCAUGAACGGGUUAAAUCUGCAGGGUCCCGGGAUGGAUAUGCUGCACACGACCAUCGCUUACCCAUCCACUCCCCGGAAGCAGCGCAGGGAGCGCACCACCUUCACCCGGACACAGCUGGACAUCCUGGAGGCUUUGUUCUCCAAGACCCGCUACCCGGACAUCUUCAUGAGGGAGGAGGUGGCCCUCAAGAUCAACCUCCCCGAGUCACGUGUGCAGGUUUGGUUUAAGAACCGCCGCGCCAAGUGCCGUCAGCAGCAGCAGCAGAGCAGUGGCCAGUCCAAGCCCCGCCCUCCCAAAAAGAAGGCCUCCCCAGUUCAGGAACCCACCGCACCUGAUCCUGUCCCUAACCAGUCUGGCUCCUACAGCCCCUCCUCCGCCCAGUCAGGCCCUGGCCUGGUCCCGAGCUCCAGCACCGGGAACACGGCCGUGUCCAUCUGGAGCCCGGCCAUCUCGCCCCUGCCCGACCCCCUGGCCUCCUCCUCGGCCCCCUGCAUGCAGCGGCCCUCCCCUUACCCCAUGAGCUACGGCCAGCCGUCGGCCUACACCCAGGGCUACGCCAGCACCACCUCCUACUUCACCGGCCUGGACUGCAGCGCCUACCUGUCCCCCAUGCACUCGCAGCUGUCGGGCACCGUGGGCGCCCUCAGCCCCAUCACCGUGCCCUCGAUGGGGGGCUCCCUGAGCCAGUCCCCGGCCUCGCUGUCCUCGCAGGGCUACAGCACGGCCUCCUCCCUGGGCUUCACCUCUGUUGACUGCCUGGACUACAAGGACCAGCAGGCCUGGAAACUGGGCUUCACCACGAUGGACUGCCUGGACCACAAGGACCAAAACUCCUGGAAGUUCCAGGUCCUCUAG